AUGUCCUCGCACCGACCUCGUAAGGCAACUGCCAAUGCUGCUUCGGCCUCUCCCAAGCGCACCUCGGUCUUGCUCUCUGCUCUGAUUGUCGGUUUCUGCGCCCUCAUCGCCGCUCUCGACUCGAUUCGAUCCAACUUCUACAUCUUUGACCACAAGCAGAUCCACAAGGUCGCUUCAACAGCUGUUGCAAACCACCCAGGCAACGCAACCGCUAUCUUUGACGAGAUCCUCGACCACCUCCGUGCAGACCCCAAGACAGCUCCCUACAUCAACAAGAACCACUUUAGCGUAGAGUCCGAGUGGAUGUUUAACAAUGCAGGUGGUGCUAUGGGUAGCAUGUACAUCAUUCAUGCUUCGAUUACCGAGUACUUGAUCUUCUUCGGUACUCCGGUUGGUACUGAGGGUCAUACCGGUCGACACACUGCUGAUGACUACUUCAACAUCCUCACUGGUAGCCAGUAUGCUUUCCCUGCUGGUGCACUCAAGGCUGAGCACUACCCUGCUGGUUCGGUACACCACCUUCGCCGAGGACUGGUCAAGCAGUAUAUGAUGCCCGAAGAUGGCUGCUGGGCUCUCGAGUUGGCUCAGGGCUGGAUCCCUCCUAUGCUUCCUUUUGGUCUUGCUGACGUGCUCAGCUCCACCCUUGAUUUCCCUACAUUUGGUGUCACUGUUUGGAUCACUGCUCGAGAGAUGAUCGGUAACUUGCUCCUUGGCAAGUUCUGA